GCUGAACAGAAAACCUGAGAGGAGACGGCAGCAGCUCUGGAGGAAAGGCGCUCGACAAAGAAGAAGAAAAAUGAUGAAAUUAUCAAGUUGGAAGAGUGAUUGACUAUGAAUUACGCUCACUCCUUGCAUUCCAGAGCUCAUUCAAAGCACCAAGAAUAAUAAGUACCUGAGUUUGAACAACAACCUGCGUUCAUGUUCUACAUCAAUCUACCACUUCACUGAUGUGAAUUUUACAAAACUUUAAACAUAUUUUUGAGAUUGGACAUGGAAAAGAUUAGAUAGCUGUCAGAUUAGAGUGAGCAUAUUAGCUUAGAUUCAUAGGGUUGCACAGCAAGGAAUAAAUGGUUAGCGGGAUAUGGUGAAUGUGAGAGAGUUAACAUCACUAAGCCGUACCGUUGUUAAGUUUGGUAUUCCCUGAAAAUUAUUAUAACAGAGUAUCCACAGAAAGCUGAGGAGCUGCUCGCCCUACCAAGGAAGAACACCUUACAUACACGAUACACCACUCCCUAUCAAUAGUUACAUUGAAAAAUUUUACGUUCUUCACGAUUUUAGAAAAAUUCUGUGAAUUACUUUUGCUUCAAGGUACAUAUACAACCUCAAUAUACACAUGCACCAUGACUUCUGUUACCCUACUCUCCCUACACAACAAAUACAAAAUACCAACGAAAAAAUUCCUCUACGCGAUAAAAUAGUGUAUGAUCCAACAAAAGAGAUCAAGAGACUGAGAAAUGGCGAAUGGGUGCGAGAUUUGCUGUGAAAUAAUGAUCGCCAUACUCCUUCCUCCACUCGGGGUUUGUUUAAGGCAUGGAUGUUGCACUACGGAGUUCAUGAUAUGUCUGAUCCUAACGAUUCUGGGAUACAUACCGGGCAUCAUCUACGCACUCUAUGCAAUCGUUUACGUUGAUCGUGAUCAGUUCUUCGACGAGUACCGUCGUCCACUCUUCUACGCUCAGUCACCUUAAUUUAAUUUACGCAUUCUCUAUUGUCUGUUUUUUUUACAAUGUUUUGGUUUUUGUUAAUUUUAUCUAUUCCAUCAAUUACAUUUUCAUCAUUCUUUCAAUAAUUUCAAGAUUUAACACUUGUUUUUGUUACAUGCUCACUUUCUUUCUGUAUACUUUGUUUAUUUGA